CGGGAGGGCGAAUGGCCGCUGCUGGAAUCGCCGGGAGUGCGGGGUACGGGGAUGGAUCGGGCUGGGACACGGGGAUGGAUCGAUGGAUCGGGCUGGGACACGCGGGAUGGCUUCAGCUGAGACAAGAAAUUGGACAAAUAUUCCCGAAGACCUUGUGUGGAUGGACGAGGAACUCCUGGACAAGCUUAGACACUAAAAGGAGGCCUAUGGAGGGUGGAAGCAGGAGCUGGCAGGAAUACAGAGAGGUCGUCCGAGCAGCCAGGGAUCAGGUUAAAAGCUCUGAGAGAAUUAAGCAUCAAGGACAAGCAGAAAAGCUUCUGCAGGAUGUGCUCCAGCCACACUGCCCAAGCUGCAGAAGGGAAAGGCAUGGCCUGGGAGACAGAAGAAUCACCUGCUGGAGAAGAUGGGGUUCAAGGCCAUCUAAAGCACCUGAAAGUGCACAAGUCCAUGCAACCUGAUGAGAUGUAUCCGCACAUCCUAAAGGAACUGCUGUCUCCCUCCUCAGACAAAUUUCUCCAACUUCUACACCAUUCAUAGAUGACACAGGCCUUCCUGCAUUGUAGGUGUGUUUUCUUGGAGGGAAGCAAGAGGUUUGGGCACACUCCCUAUUUUUGCCAGCUAUUUUUCCAUGCAAUCUUCGAGGUUGGAGAGCAGCAUGGGAAAAGCAGAGCUGUUGAGAUUGUACCACUAGACUGGGAACAUGCCUACCCUAGCACAAUGCUCCCUUCUUCCCACCUGCCGCUGCUCUGUCCUCUUUAUUUUUGGCCCUUCCAGCUGCAUUCCUGCAUGCAUGCUCACACCAAAAAUGCUCAAGGACAGUAAAAACUAAUAGCCCUUAACCUCUGGUGCCUAUAAUUCAACAAUGGCCUGAGGAACCCGGCCCCAGCUGCUAGAGAACCGCCCCAGGAGGAAGCACAUUCACGGCACAUCAGCUGUAGUGCACUUUGCCAAAUCGGAGUGACUUCUGCACGUCCAAGUGAGGAACAGCCCACAGGAGGCAGGAUGGAAAUCGCCCUUGGGGAUUUCACAAGGGUGCUGUGAUACACAACUCAGCUUUUCUGAGAAUUCAGCUGCUCAGCAGUGAGGUUUGUGCCUCCACCUCUUCCCCCACAGGGUGAACCGAGGCUUAGGACAAGGAACAACCAUGAUGGGGCUGGCAGAAGCAGUGAGCUUGAGGCCCACAGGCAGAAAAUAAACCUGCUGAAAAAAAGAAUAAAUUGGCUUUGCAAUCAACAGAGGUGGAAGAGCAGGAAAUGGAGGGAAUUUCUUCCACGCAAGGUGGAGUUUGGAAAGACUUAGCUCAAAUCUACACGUCCACUGCCCAAAGGCCAAAAGUGUAUUGAUGCCAACCCAAAUUGAGUGGAACUCCAGCAACCUCUGUUCAUACAUUCAGAGACGCCCAGCUUCUGUGUUUGGCACAACCAUUUAAUCGCAGAAUUGAAAACUCAGUAUGUUCCAUUUUAGUCUUAUGUGGAAAAUCAGUGCAGGUGAUAAUCUAAUUGUACAACAACAUGUUAAAAAAUUUAUUUUACAUUAUAUACAUUAGGGAACAUAUUUCAAAGCAUUACCCAUCACAACAAUAACGCAGGCCAUAAAUCACUUUUAAUUUAGUUUGGUUUUAGUGUAUAUUAUCACAAUAAAAUAUAAAGAACAUAUACAAAAAAAGGA